GAUGAAAAAGAAGUAACAAUGAACAGAUUGUCGUCAUCCGAGUCAAAUUCCAAUUCUGCACCAUCAAGCCCUCAUAAAGAUAUGGGAACAAUGGAAGGAAAUUUUAAGAUAACAGCACCAACUCCUGUACCAGCUCAGGAACAUGAAUCAAUGAUGUCAAUGAUGGACACUCUACCAGUGAAGAAUUCAGUCCAUGACAUUCCUGAUUUGCCAAUGCCACCACUCUCCAAGGCAGAACUUCUCGCUCUUUAUCAAGCUGCUGUUAGCAAAAGUGCUUCCCUAGCCAACAUAGCAGCCACUAACCCAUCAGUAGCUUCCAGCCUCCAAAAACUUCAUGCCCUUUUGGCUGCAUCCAAUAAACCAGACAGUGGAACUAUUCCAGGGUACUAUUAUUAUUAUUACCCAAUUAAAAGCUUUAUGCAGGGCACUGACAUGAAAAAACCUGAGCCGGAUGCAAAGCAUCCAGGUUCCAAGAAACCUAUGAUGGGUCACAUGGUUCCCACUGCUAUGAUGGUAAUGGACAAUGGAGAAAAGAAUGUGGAACCACUCUUCAUGGCUAUUGCAGGAUUUGUUGGUAUGGCAUUAAUGUUUGCUGCUUCUGUACUAUUUUUACCAAAAUUUGGUACCCUGCGCUCUAGAGGUAUCUCAGCUCUCAAACAUGCACCUGAUGAAUUUGUUGGUCUUACAAAGUUGGUUAUGGAUGCAAUAGAAGGGAAAGACUGCACUGAAAGGAUAGCAUGUGAAGUAGGUCGUGCAGUAAGGAAAAUGAAAAUUGAUAGUAAACCAAUAAGAAUUCUAGAGAUAUUAUUACCCCCACAUAUUGGAAAGCAACUGAUAGAAAUCCGCAAAGCAGCAGCAAGGAGAGAAAAAUGCAGUUUUAUACCAUGCAAAUCAAACCGCUCAAAUUUUACAUAAAAUGUUCAGAAAAUUCGCAGUUCAUCCACAACCCAACAAAUAUGCCAGUUUCAUUUCAAACUAACACUGUAAAUGAUCAGAAUUAAUUAUAGGUUAAUUAUGCAGGUAAACCUUCAAAAGAAGAAAGAAGAUUGGAGAAGCUUUUGUUUCUUGAUAUCAAAGUGGAGUCAGGGAUUUGAAGUGGUAUAUUUGCAAAAGAAAAUACACAAUUGAGCAUUAUUCUUUCUGACAUGAUUACUUUAAAUAUAAGCUAUUAUUUAAGACUGUACAAAUUCUUAUGAUUUAGAGUUUAUUAGAUAUUUUACUCCUAGAUUGUAUGAAGAUAUUGUUUGUUCAAUGCAAUUUAACCAAAAAAUAAUGAAUUAUUAUGAAUGUCUUCAUGAACACAGAACAUUGAUCCAUGUUUGUCCAAGAUCUCUCUUAUUUAUAACAUCAACAAAGGAAAAUAGAAAAAUGUCAUUCUCAUCACUGAGUGGUGUUUGGAAAGCACUUGAUCUUAUUUUUAUUAUUGAUUUUUUUUUUUUUUUAAUUAUAAGUUAGCUGUAAUAAAAUUAGGCAGAGGUGGAGAAUCUCAUUUCAUUAUUUGAGGGUAAUUUUAUUUUCUUGGGUAUAGGUCUAUGGUGUUUUGAGUUUACACAAAAUAUAUAUUCAAGUGUAAACAAAAGUAGGUAAAGAUGGCCUUUGUAAAUUUUUACAUCAAGGCAAAUUGAUCAGGUUGGCGCACAUGUUGCCAAUCCAGGUGUUAUGGUUGGUAUGUUAGUAACAUUGCUACAUAAACUAGGGAUUUGUCGCAGUGUCCAGGUAUGGGUGUUGGGAGAUUAAAUGGUGUUUCGAAAUAUCUUGUAUGAAUUACUGUUUGAAGAUGG